AUGGUUGUUAAUAAUCCAAACAAUUGGCAUUGGGUCGACAAGAAUUGCUUGCCAUGGUCCAAGACAUAUUUCGAUGAAAAACUAGUCAAAUUGUCUGCUCAAAAUGAUGAUUCCAAAGUCACCAUCACCGAAGUUUCUUCAGUUGAAGGAGAUGUUGACGUUUCACAACGUAAAGGUAAAGUGAUUUCCUUGUUUGAUGUGCGUUUAGUCUUGGUAUUUCAAGGAUCAACCGCCGAAGACAAUAGUGUACUGGGUUCGAUCACGAUUCCAGAGUUGACAUAUGAUACCGAGGAGGAUGAGUUGGUAUUCAAUAUCACAGUUUACAACGAAACAAGUAAGAACUACCCAAUUGUUGACUUGAUUAAAAAGAAGUUAGUACCUCAAUUGAGACAAAUCUUGUCACAAUUUGGUCCUGAUUUGAUUGAAACUAAUAGUAGGGACAUUCAAAUUGAAGCAGACAAGGUUACCUCCACUUUUACCAAAGCAAGUCAAACACAAGCUGCUGAAAAGAAAGCACAAGAAACUAAACAAGCAGAAUCGACAAAAAAUAAUGAGACUACAAAACUGGAGACCAAGGCAACGAGCGAAACCAAGAAACCAAAAGAGGCUCCAUCUUCUUCCUCUUCUUCUUCCUAUUCUUCCUCUGAUGUUGCACAUGCACCAAAGUACAACACUACCACAUUACACCUUGAGCCUGAAUUCAACACAUCUGCAGAACAAAUCUACAGAACCUUACUAGAUGAGCCCAGGAUAGCAGCAUGGACAAGAUCAUACCCAAUCAUCGAUGCAUUCCCACCAAAAGAAGGAUCUGAAUUCAAAUUUUUCAGUGGCUCUGUCCAAGGUAAAAUCCUCAAGUUGGUACCAAAUGAACAAAUUGUGCAAUUAUGGAGACUUGAUGAUUGGAAGGCUGGCCAUUAUGCAGAGUUGAACAUGAGGUUAAUCCAGGGUAGUGGUGAAACAAAAUUGGUUACUAGAUUCACAGGAAUCCCAAUUGGCGAAGAAGAGAGGGUUAAGGAUAACUUUGAAGAGAUGUACAUCAGAUCAAUCAAGAUCACAUUCGGGUUUGGUGCAGUAUUGUAA